GUUCUUGACGCACUCAAACUGGUGAGCCUGGCAUCUACUAACACACCCAUUCACCCUCUGAGUGGCACAUAUACACAAUCCACGUCUCAAUUGUCACAAAGCAUAAAAACCUUCUUUAACCUGUCGCCUACCCUUCAACUACACUGGUUGAAGUGGAUUUAACAAGUUACAUCAAUAAGGGAUCAUAGCUUUCUUCUGGGUUCACCUGGUCAGUCCAUGUCCGUGUUCAUAAUGUUUUGUACGCUGUGUUCUGUAUAGCCAUAUAUUCUUGAAGAAUCAAACUUAACCUCAUGAGAUCAGUUCAACUGUCUUACCCCAUCAGAACCUAACAUAUUACGUUGUUUUAUUAUUCUGUUUGUAAGCAAUGUUAUUGUAAAGUCAACCAUCACUGUAUACCCACAAAACACGGUUAAGACUAUAAUUGUGAUGUAAUGGACAGUCCGUCCUUGCAUCCAUAGCGCUGUCUAUGAAUUGGAUAAGGGGUCACAUUUCCCCAGCCCUAUUCCUCAGCUGUUUACCGAAACAGUGGCGGGGUUUUAUAAAAUAAAGGGUCACUGCAGAUUACAGAAGGAAACGAUAGUAUAAAUACAGUGUAAUACACUCUUCUAAUAAAAUCUAUGGUUUGGUAUAAAUAAAGCAUGAAUGACUGACAGUAAUUUAUGAACACAUUAAUAGGUUAUAGACUCGUGCGAGUGAAAAGCGUCGUGAAGACUUGAUAUGAAUUGCGCACCAGCAGUCAAACAUGGAGUGGAGAAGUGCUUACCACGUUUGACCACUAGGUGUCAGUAUUUUCAUCACUUAGGCUACAGUUUAGUCUUGGAAUCCGGCACUGAAGUUGCCGCGGAAUGUGACAGACGCGCAAAGUGAUGGAAGACGAUGCAGGGCUAUAAAAGUGUAGCUGCGUGUCGUGGCAGAAUAAUUGAACUUGGGCACUCAGAAGAGGACCAAGCUACAACAGGUGAAAUAGAAGUUUCAGCUGCGCAAAGACGGCUACUAUGGAGCGCAAACCUGAGAUGUAUUACGAGACUGAGAGAAGGUGAAGAGAUACGAUAAAAUGAUAAGAAAUGAAAGCGGUCUGACGAACGGUUCUUCAGUGGCCCCCAACGACACUAACCUGAAUCGCCCUCCAUGGGUUGCGACAACUUUGGGAUGCUUUCUGAUUUUCACCAUUGUCGUAGAUAUUUUGGGCAACCUCUUGGUCAUUAUCUCCGUGUACAGAAACAAAAAACUCAGAAACGCAGGCAACGUGUUUGUGGUGAGCCUGGCUGUAGCAGACCUGGUGGUAGCCUUCUACCCCUACCCUCUGGUCCUCUCCUCCAUCUUCAACAACGGCUGGAACCUGGGCUUCAUUCACUGUCAGGUCAGCGGCUUCCUUAUGGGACUCAGCGUCAUCGGCUCCAUCUUCAAUAUCACCGGCAUCGCAAUCAACCGCUACUGCUAUAUAUGUCACAGUCUUAAAUACCACAAGCUGUACAGUGACAAGAACUCCCUGUGUUAUGUCCUGCUCAUCUGGCUGUUGACUGUGGUGGCCCUGGUGCCCAACUUCUUUGUGGGCUCGCUGCAGUACGAUCCCAGGGUGUAUUCGUGUACGUUCGUCCAGUCGGCCAAUUCAGCAUACACCAUCGCCGUGGUCUUCUUCCACUUCAUCCUGCCCAUCAUGAUCGUCACCUACUGCUACCUGAGGAUCUGGAUCCUGGUCAUCCAGGUGAGGCGGAGGGUGAAGCCCGAGUUCAGGCCGAGGCUCACGCCGCAUGACGUGAGGAACUUUGUCACCAUGUUUGUGGUGUUUGUCCUGUUUGCUGUGUGCUGGGCACCGCUGAACUUCAUCGGACUGGCAGUGGCCGUCAACCCCGCCGCAGUAAUACCCAUGAUUCCAGAGUGGCUAUUCGUGUUCAGCUACUUCAUGGCCUACUUCAACAGCUGCCUUAAUGCCAUCGUCUAUGGACUGCUCAACCAGAACUUCCGGAGGGAGUACAAACGGAUAGUUGUCUCGCUUUGCACUGUGACGUUGUUGUUCCCUGACAGUUCCAACGACGCUGCGGAGAGAGUCAAGCCAUCCCCUUUAAUAACCAACAACAACCAAGUGAAAGUAGACUGUGUGUGAGAGGUCAUGAAGGGAGCACU